ACACGUGCAUCUGUGAUUUAGUUUUAAACCAGUUCACCGCCAUUAUUUACGCUGUUUGACAAACAAAAUUAAGAUGGUGAAGAAGAAAAUAGAUAACAGAAUCCGGGUGAUGAUAGAGAACGGCGUAAAGCUGGGCCACCGGACCAUGUUCAUCGUGAUCGGUGACAAGGCGCGCGACCAGGUGCCGAUCCUGUACGACAUACUAACCAAAUCGACGGUGAAGGCUCGGCCAACAGUGCUAUGGUGCUAUAAGAACAAGGAUGAGGCCAUAUCAAACCAUGGUAAAAAGAGGGCCAAAAAGAUAGCCGUUGGUAAAGUGGACGUAAACGAGGCAGACCUGUUUGAUUCCUUUCGUGUGGCGACAACCAUCCACGGACGAUACUAUUCUGAGACGCAUGCUGUGCUUGGACGCACCUACGGAGUCUGUGUGUUGCAGGACUUUGAAGCCCUAACUCCGAACCUGCUGGCCCGCACUGUGGAGACAGUAGAAGGCGGGGGUCUAAUUAUCCUGCUUCUUAAGACUUUACAGUCGCUGAAGCAGCUCUACACUAUGAGCAUGGAUGUGCACAAGCGGUUUCGCACGGAGGCCCACCAAACUGUAACCUGUCGCUUUAACGAGAGGCUCAUUCUGUCCCUGGCGGACUGUAAACGCUGCUUGGUGGUCAACGAUGACCUCACAGUGCUACCACUAAGUUCCAAGACUAUCAACGUGGAGCCAGUAAACCCCGCGGGCGCAGGUCGAUCGCCGAACGAGGCCAGUUUGCGGGAGCUGAAAGAAAGCCUCCUCAAUGUCCAGCCCGCAGGAGCCCUUGUGAAUCUUUGCAAGACAUACGAUCAGGCCAAUGCUGUGGCCCAGUUUAUUGAGGCACUAGUAGACAAGCAAUUAAAGCCACCAAUGUCUCUAACCGCGGCACGUGGACGUGGCAAGUCCGCCGCGCUCGGUCUGUCGAUUGCCGCCGCUGUAGCCUUUGGUUACGUGAACAUCUAUGUGACCUCCCCGCAUCCGGAGAAUCUGAUCACACUCUUUGAAUUCGUGCUAAAGGGCUUUGACGCCCUGGAGUACCAGGAGCAUGCGGACUAUACUAUCAUUCGUUCCACCAAUGCCGAGUACAAAAAGGCCAUCAUUCGGAUCAAUAUCACGCGGAGCAGCAGACAGACGAUCCAGUAUAUCGCCCCUAGCGACACUCACCUUCUGAAUGCCGCGGAUCUGGUGCUGAUAGACGAAGCGGCUGCCAUUCCACUGCCUCUGGUAAAGAAGAUGAUCGGGCCGUGUCUGAUCUUCAUGGCUAGCACAAUUAACGGCUACGAGGGCACCGGUCGCUCGCUGAGUCUGAAGCUUAUCUCCCAGCUGCAAAAGGAGAAUAACGCGCGGCCACCUCUGAAGCUGGAGGAAUCAAUUCGGUACCAGGACAACGACGAUGUUGAAAAAUGGCUGAUAAACCUACUCUGCCUGGAUGCCAGUACCGUUCCCGGUAUAAGCUCCGGAUGCCCAACCCCGGACGCCUGCGAACUUUACUAUGUGGACAGAGAUGCACUGUUCUCCUACCACAAGGCGGCGGAGGCAUUCUUGCAUCGGCUUGUGGCCAUUUAUGUAUCCUCGCACUACAAGAACACGCCAAACGACCUUCAGAUGAUGAGCGACGCCCCUGCCCACCAUCUGUUCUGCCUCCUGGGUCCCGUGCAGCGAAUGGACGCCCUGCCUGAGAUCUUGGUGGUCAUACAAGUGGCCCUCGAGGGGCAGAUCUCCGCCCAGAGCAUCAGCGACUCUCUGGGCAGGGGGAAGAAGGCAGCCGGCGACCUUAUACCCUGGAAUAUAGCCGAGCAAUUCGGGGACCGGGACUUUCCAAAACUUAGUGGCGUGCGAAUUGUGCGAGUGGCGACGCAUCCGAAUUAUCAGCGGAUGGGAUAUGGCAAACGGGCCAUUCAGCUACUCAAGGACUACUACGGCGGGAAGUACACCAACCUGGAGGAUGGUCCGUUGGCCAACAAGGGUACCGACAAAGGUAUAGAGGAAGUGGAAGAAGAGCAGCUCAGCUUGCUGAAGGAGCAGAUUCGACCCAGGAGCCGGAUUCCCACACUGCUGCAGCGCCUGCACGAACGGGUGCCAGAACGCGUGGACUACCUUGGCACCUCCUACGGCCUAACCUCCGAGCUCCUCAAGUUUUGGAAGAGCGCUGGUUUUGUUCCAAUUUACCUCAGCCAGAAAUCCAAUGAACUUACCGCCGAGCACAGCUGCAUCAUGUUAUACACUACUGGUGCUACCUCCUGGCUGGGACUGUAUUACCAUGACUUCUGCCGCAGAGUGCUCAAACUAAUGGGAAAGACCUUCCGUGAGUUCGAAACCAAGCUCUGCUUGUCGCUGCUAAAGAACAAAAAUGUGGAGCAAAGCGGGCUGAAGGUACUAGACAAGGCAACUCUGGAUGUUUUCUUCCUGCCACACGAUCUGCAGCGACUAGAGAGCUACGCCCGCCAACAGUCAGAGUUCCGCCUCAUUCUGGACCUGCUAUCGGAUAUUGCGCAGCUGUACUUCCAGGGCAGGAUCGAGGGCCUGCAGUUGGAUUUGGUCCAGCAGGGCGUCCUUUUGGCACUUGGCGUCCAAGGCAAAACUGUCGACGCCCUGGGCUCGGAACUGAAUAUGCCUGGAAACCAGCUGCUGGCUAAGUUCUUUGACGCUAUGAAGCGGUGCAACCAGUGCUUCCGAUCUGUGCUGGAGCAGCACAUUGAGGGCGGCAUGCUGCGCGAGGAGAACUUAUCAAAAGGCGAGGAGCUGCAGCCGCUGAGCCUUUCUCUUGACCAAGAGCUGGACCAGACCGCAAACAAACUAAGCAAGCAGCAGCGAAAGGAACUUAAAAGGCUAAAGGCCGAGCAGCUUGACGAGUUCCAGAUCAAGGGCAGCGAGGAGGACUGGUCGAAAGCAUUGCAGUCGAACGGAACUGGCGGUGGCAGCGGCCUUCUCUCCGUAAAAAGUGGCGUGAAGCGACUGGACGGACCGUUUGAGCAGCCUGAGGAUCGGGACCUGGCAGCUCCCCUUUCCAAAAAGAAGAAGCAUUCAAAGCAGAAACGCGGCCAUCAAAAGGCCCUGAUUUAACCUGAGCUGCAUUGGGGCGGGUUGCAUUUCAAUGUAAAUGCAUAGGCUUAAGUGCUAAAAAGUAUGUUUUGUAGGCUUAUUUUAAUAAAACAUUGUAACAAAAA